AAAAAUUUCACAUUGCGAGACUUGACUCAAUUGCCCAUCAUGGAUGUCAUCGCUAAAAAGUCCAUGUGGCAGUCCAUCUUUGAGAACCCCAAAGUCCUCUUCAUUGCUUUUUUCGCAUCAUUCGGUGGUUUCGAAUAUGGCUACCAACAAGGUGUCUUGGGUCAAUCCCUAGUGAUGACCCGAUUCACAGAGAAUUUCCCAACAGUUGUCGCCUCAUCGACAGCAACAGGAUGGCUCACCUCUGUCCUUCAACUAGGCGGUAUUGUCGGCUCAUUGUCAGCCGGUAUCCUGGGCGAGAUCUACUCGCGCAAGUACACCAUGUUCUUCGCCUGUUGCUGGGUCAUCCUAGGCAGCUACCUGUACAUCGGCGCAACAGCCGGCAACCCAUCGCUGCUUUACGCUGGCCGAUUCUUCACCGGUUUGGGUGUUGGCUUGUUCAGCGGUGUCGGUCCUCUCUACAAUGCCGAACUGGCAGCUCCUGAGAUGCGCGGUCUGCUUGUCUCUUUCUACCAAUUCGCGACCAUCCUCGGAAUCAUGAUUUCCUUCUGGGUCGGAUAUGGAAGCAACAAUAUCGGCGGAACAGGCGCGACUCAGUCUGACCUUGCUUGGCGCUUGCCAUCUAUCAUUCAGGGUAUCCCUGCUGUCGCAUUGGCCUGUGGUAUCUGGUUCAUGCCAUUCUCGCCUCGCUGGCUUGUGAAGAAGGGUCGUGACCAGGAGGCUCAGCAGACUCUCGCGUGGAUGCGCAAGGUUCCGGUCGAACAUGAGCUUGUCCAGGUUGAGUACCUUGAGAUCAAGGCCGAGGCUGUCUUUGAGGAGCGCGCUUUUGCAAAGGCUUCGCCUAAGCUUGCGGAUAGUGAGAAGAAGAGUGUUCUUAUGAAUCAGAUUGCACAGUAUGCCAAUUGUUUCCGCACUAUGGAUAACUUCAAGCGGGUUUGCACUGCUUGGUUGGUCAUGUUCUUCCAGCAGUGGAGUGGUAUUGAUGCCAUCAUCUACUAUGCCUCAAAUGUGUUUGUUAGUCUCGGUUUGACUGGGGGUACUAUCGCUCUGUUGGCCACUGGUGUGACCGGUGUCGUUUUCAUCAUCAGCACAAUUCCUGGAAUGUUGGUUAUCGACAAAAUCGGUCGCAAGCCCAUGCUCCUCGGUGGAUCCAUUGUCAUGUUCUGUAGCAUGGUGAUUGUUGGUGUCAUCGUGGCCAAAUUCCAGCACGACUGGCCCGGCCAUGUCGCCGCCGGUUGGACAGCAGUUGCUCUGAUCUGGCUAUACAUCGCCGGCUUCGGCGCAACCUGGGGCCCGGUCUCGUGGACCCUCGUCUCAGAAAUCUUCCCUCUUUCAAUUCGCGCCAAGGGAGCCUCAAUCGGCGCAUCCAGCAACUGGAUCAACAACUUUGCCAUCGCCUUCUUCGUACCACCCAUGCUCCAAUCCUGGGAAUGGGGUACAUACAUCUUCUUCGCAGGUUUCCUCCUGGUCGGCAUCGUCUGGGUCUGGUUCUUCCUGCCCGAAACCAAGGGUGCAUCCCUUGAAGAAAUGGAUCGCGUUUUCAAGAGCAACGCCGGCGAGGCAGAUGCGGAACUCCUCCGCGAGGCCCAGCGCGAUGUCGGUCUGACCGAUUUCCUUGCGCGCAUGGGAUCGGCUACUGGUCGUGAUCUGGAGAAGAUGGAGGGGUCGCAGUAUAUUGAGAAGCUUUAG